UCGACAGCGGAUCGAGGAGACGGAGAGAUUCAACUCGAAGAUGAAGGCGCGGAUAGCGAUGAAGAGGAAGAAGAACUGGAAAAUGAAGAAGAAUCGUUAUUCGAUGAGAGUAAGUGCUACCUCAGAAUGAUGCCUGCUCAGACUUGCACAAAAUAGGACUUAGUACGAGAAGUAUUACACGGACAGUAUAAGGGAGUUUCAGCAUCAAGGGCGUGGCUUGUAUUUUCAAAGUGGGUGGAGGGUAACAUCGUGUCACAUCCAGAGUACCAUAUGACUGUCAUGUGUUCCAAUAGAAGUGAAAAUUUAGGUUUUUUAUUGCAAACUUUGGAAUGCUACCCUGGAGGUUGGGUCACAAGUACACAGCUGCUCCCACAAGCAUCACGUUACGACAGGGACGUUAAACAAAAGUAAUCCAUGAUUUUCCCCACUUUUCCCUGAUUAUUAAAGUUGCAGCCUCAGAGAAGCCAACGGCAGAAGAUUCUGAUGAAAAUGAUCCUACACCGAGAAUCAACAUUGACAUGAAUGUGCGCCGUGUUCGUAAAUUUUAUGACGGUCCCAAAGUUAGGCCACAGUAAGUAUGGUACAAGGUGUUUUUUUCAGCUUUUUCAACUCUAGUGUCACAAAUUCGCAUUCCUCUCUCUUUUCUUACAUGUGAGUGAGAUAUGAAUUAAUUAGUGACUUCCCUUUAACAUCUUCGACACUGUUCAAAUUGUUCGUGAUGCUUUACAAUUUGAUUCUGCUUUUACACAGGGAAUUCCUCGACGAGUCAGGCCAUACGCAUAGACAAUGUAUAAGAUUUAUCUACAGCACGAGUCGCGCAUACUUAAAUAAGCAGUGUGGGUGAAAUUUACUGUUCGACCUCCUUUGAUUCCAAAUUGGUAAACAUUUUCUUAAUGAAUUUACAGAUAUCUCAACAUUCUGACGGACUUUGUUGACGCGGAGAUUUUCCUGAUUGACGGCGACUCUUUGCUUUUGGAGCUUCUUUGCCAAAAUAGCCUAGACUGGCAACAUGGCGGACAGUUUCUCCAUCUCACCUAUUUACUUGAACGCUUCCUCCAGUAUUUUAAAGAUAAAGGUCAGUGCAGAAAACAAGUGAAAACAUUAAGAAAGAUAAUAAUGAUUGCAAGUGCGAAAUGAGCUCCACUUGUCAACCUAAAGAAAUAAGAAAUGAUAGCCAGGUUAGAGCUAAUGGGAUGUUAAAUGUCCCCUAAUCCUUUAACUCCCAUGAGUGACCAAGACAGAAUUUCUCCUCAUAAUAUUAUUACGAUAUUAAGUAGACAAGUUAUGAGAAUAAAGAUAUUAAUUAGGGGAUUAUUAGUUGAUCCAACACCAUAUACAUACAUACAACCUUUAUUUAUGUGUCAAAUCUAAAAUAGCAGUUAUACAACCACUAACUGGGGACACUAAAUACUACCUAAAAAUUUGAGAAAUUUAAAAAUAAAACAAUAUAUAUGUACAAUUUAAAAUCUAACCUAAGUCUUACAUAAAAGGCAGUUUUCACAUUUACUAUCAGUCAAUUUAGAAACAAGGUCUAUUCUACGUAUGUUACAUUUAAAAGAUGAUAUGGAUGUCAGUUCUCUUACAUUUCUUGGUACAAUUGCCCAUAUUUUGGGUCCCAUAUAUCUAAGCGAAUGUUUUCCAAAAGUGACAGUAUUAAAUCUAGGUAUACCAAAAUCAUUAUUACGCAGUGUGUACCUAAGUUGUGGAAUUUGAAAAAGGCUACAUAUGUAAUUAGGAGAUAAAUUGUUCUUUACCUUAUACAUAAGAAUGGCUAUGUCCUGUAGUCUUCUGUUCUGCAGUGUACUUAGGUUAGCCAUGUCUAAUAAUUUAUCAUAACUACAAAUUCUCAAACUAACAUUACAAGAACUAUAUGGCAGACAGUAAGGAGAAUUGCUAAUGAGAUUUUGGGAGUCAAAGGGUUAACAGGUAACUGUAGGAUGAUGAGAGUGUUUUCAGUGACGGUGAAGGUGUGAACUGAAACGAUAGUACUUAGAUCGACGGAGGUUGCCCAAAACCGGAAACUCGAGGAAUAUAGGUUGCUAAGAUGUGACGACAUUUCUUUUUCGCCUGUUUCACUCAUUUAGCAGGACCACCACAAAAUGUCGGCUAAAGGCGGUAUUGGUUUCGCAAAUUAGUUGAUCAUUAACUUGUAUGUGAUACUACCACCGAUUACCUGUAAAAUGAUACAAGUUCUUAGUAUUUUUCUGCUAGAUUUCCCUUCAAUCAUCUAACCACGUCAUUUCUUGUUGAACUAGGUGGUGUUUUCCACGUUGUCUUUUUCGAAGAAAUGGAGAUCAUCUGGAGGAGUCGACCAUCCAUGCUGUUGGCACGACAAGCUUUAAUUCUUCAUCUUCAGCACAACACACCUUUCACAAUUGAGACAUCAAUAGCAAGUGUUUGGGACAAGCAUUGGAAAGAGUACAUCGAUCGUAAUAUUCCCGCAUUUCUGGUGUUAACUGACGCGGAAAAUGUUCCAUGGAAAAAGACCGGAGAGACGAAAAAGCUUGAUGUGGCGGUGGAGUUUUUCUUCCGUUGUCUUCUGUUACAUUGUCUUGGACAAGGAUUGAAUUGUGUCUUUAUCUCAGGCGUCCAGAUGACUGCGACAAAAGUGACGGGAUAUUACAACGAGUCCACUUCAAAACAUAGAUCAUUCCUCAGGAAGGUUAGACGGGAAGACUUAAUGAGGGAAUGUAAAAUGAUGACACCAAUAUUAGCGCUAGUGUUUGUGGCGUAAAGCAACAUCCGGAACCUUUUCCUACUUACUAAAAAUGGGAUUUCUAACAAUAGCAGAAGCUGCACCAAAAAUAGCAUUUCCACACGCUGUUUAAUGUAAUAGCUAAAUUUUUAUUUCAAAGUGAUACAUACCCCGUUCCCAGUUGCCCUUUCAGCAACUCAAGAGCUUGUAAAGCUUUAUGACAAAUGAUUCACUCAUUGAAGAACAUAGGGAGUACAGAUACCGUCAGUAUCACUCUAGAUCUGCAGGGGUGGGGAUAUCUUAGAAAAUCCCAGAUAAUGAAAAGAAAGCGUAAAAAGAUGUUGAUUUCACUGAAAUCGCUCAUAUGUACAUUAUUUCUUGUUCCUAGCAUGGUGAAGCAGUCUGCAAUACAUGGGAUUGGCUGAUGAGGUAUUGGCGCCGUCAGUGUACUCAGGAAAACAUCGCCGGACGUGCAGUAACAGACAAUCAGGUGUGCAAUGUGUUUAACCCUUUACACCUUAACAUCAGUAUGUAUAUUCUCCAUACUGCUCUCUACGCAUUUCCUAAGGUGCUGACAGGAAGAAUUUGUUUAACAAUCAAAAGCUUCUUCAAUUAGUGAUCAUUUCCUUUAUCCUCCUGACCUUAAUGUAUGAUUCUGUGGUGACAUUGUAAAGAGAAAUUAGAUGCAAGUCACUUUUAGGGAUCAAAGGGUCUAAGAGAUAUUCAUUUGCUCCUUUACAUGUCCAAAUCUAAUUUAUCUUACUUUCUUUUUGUUGUUUGUCUUACCUCAGAUUGAUCUCCAGUCGGAAGUUCAAGUUGCUCUUCAAUCUCCACCACAAGGUGGAUGUCGGGAGGUUGCCACAAUCCUUGCUUGUGUGCAAGUCCUCUUACUACUACUUCACGACGACAAUAUCAGUAAGGUAAGUAACACACACUUGACAUGUGUUUUACACUUCAAACUUAUUGUGAGGGUUUGUGCAAUGACAAAAUCUGUACAAUUUUGGCUCCAUGCAGGAUGCGAUGAAGAUUGCCGAGGAUAAGGUGAAACUUUUCCUUCUUCAAUCUGCACUUCUAAAGAAACUUCCGUUGAAGUACAGGGCUCAUACUGUAAACAGUUCUUUGUUGGACGAAUUCUGCAAAGCGAAAGAUGGCAAAGUUUAUCCAUUUUACGAAGUAAGUAAAUGAGACCAUUGUAACUUAACCUGUACGUGGAAAUCACGUGAUGAUCUUUCCUGUAUUUUGGGAAUAGGAAUUGCGUUUUACAGUGGCUUGACCACGAUCUAUUUAAGAAAAAAAUUAACAGUGACUGACACCUGAUUAUGAAAUUCAAAUAUUCCCACUGCCCUUACACCCUCUCAUACAGAAAGUCCUCGCGAAAGUUUAGGUGCCAUAGAACAUAACUGUCCUGAAAUAGGCGCUUCUCGUCUUUUCUAUCUGGGGUCGGUUCUAAGAGUCUUCAUUUAUGAAGUCGUGUUUGAGAAGUAUUAGUUAAAGGCAGCUUGUUUAUAUCGUGUAACAGAUCCAUACAAGUUUAUGGCAGAUUUUAAGGAUGAUACAAUCAGCUUUGAGAGAUGCUUAUAAAGACGACAGUACCGCCAAUGUAUUAGACAUGACUUCAGUGGCAGAUUUAAUGGACGGACGCCUAGUCCAUACUCUCUUCUGGCUCAUCAUGAAACAGACGUCACAGGGAUCAAAAGGUCUGUUGUCAGACUGAUUCUAAUAAUUACUGACAAAUUUUUAAAACAGGCUGGUAGAAAUGAUGGAGCUCUUAUUCAUUUUUAAUUUUACUUUUUCUUGGCGUCACCUUUCAGCUAUUUAGCAAACUGCAUAAAACUUUUAAUUCAGUAUUAUCAACUGAGGUUAUAACGUAAAUUGGCCACCGUAAAGAGUUGAAAGCUGACAUUUCGAGCGUUAGCCCUUCGUCAGAGCGAUUGGAGAAAUUGUGGGUUAUGUAUGGGUUUACGUGCGUCAUUCAUUCAUUCGUCACCAUAUUCCCUCCAAUAGUUUAGCUCCACUUUCUGCAUACAAACGCACACAACCCACAAUUCCUCCAAUAGCUCUGACGAAAGGCUAACGCUCGAAACAUCAGCUUUGAAACUCUUAACGAUGGCCAAUUUAUGUUAUUAAAUUACGCUGUGAUACUCUCCCACCGACGCAGUACCACAGUUUCUUUAGAAACUUACCCCCCUUUAUUCAUUGUAUAAAACUUCGUAUGAUAAUCAAAAGCGGGUCUCACUCAUCUCAUAUCUAUCACCAACCCAGUGUUCUCUGGGAAAUUGAUGUUUCCGUGUUGAAUUCCUUCAUUGAAGCUUACAUGUUUCAUGUAAAACAAUGCAAAAUUGUUGUCAACACGCCGCGUUGUCCUGCUAAAUGUAUGUAAACAGCUAUGAAUACGAAAACAUAGAGAUCCUUCGCCCUUGUCAGUGACCGUUCUUUCAAAGAUUUCAAGGCAACUAUAUGUUUUGUCAUAUGCAUCAGACCUCAGUCUACCCCAGGAUGUUAAACGAGAUGUUGAGUCUGCAUGGGAGAAAGUUGUCGCUCUUGUGAAUGGAUCAUGUCAUUCAGAUUCUCUAGAAAGUCGAUUUUUUCCAUUUUUUGACGAAAGUUCUACAAGCCUCCUUUACGAGGAAGGUAAGUAAAAUUCGACUUAAUUUUUCCACGGUAGCUUUCUACGCAUUUAAUACAAUCAUUUGGAUGUGAAUGGUUCCUACAGUAUUUCUUGUCCCUUUCUUGUCUGAAAAAGCUUUAAACUUUUCUCUUUCGAGAUCAAAAUAAUUGGCGAUUCAAUAUGGAAAGGGAAAAAAAUGUCAAAUUUUGCAAGCUGCAAGUUUCAAUUAAUCUAGUUAGUUCAUUUUUUUAGAAAAUGGUAUUUUAAAGGUACAGUCUGGCUCUGUCAGAAUCUCCUCAAUGAGAUUGACGGACAUCUAGUGAAAUCAUCAGUAUUUGUUUCAGGAACAAGUCCUGAUCAAGACUCCAGCGCGAAGCUCAAAAGGCUACUAUACGUUGGAAGUGCUCUUGUGAAUGAGUACGUUGGUGAUAUUAGAUCAAGAAUCAACGCCAUGGCUGAGUAAGACCUUACAACAAUGUUUACGUCAUUCAAAGUUCAAAGUACCCUGCAUGUUUUAUUGAAUUGCGUGAGAAAAUAAUCUUUUCAGAGAAGGCUGUUCAAUUUUCCCCUUUCAGAGACGAGACCAAAGACGAAGUGUUUCCGAUUGGCAAAGAAUUUGAUGAGCUGUACCACUGGCAUUCUCUGAAGCCACUAUCUGAUGAUUUCGACAGGACAAAGCAGGCUUUUAAGGGUGAGGCUUUGAAGGCCAAGCAUGGGAACCUGCACUGUAAAAAGUUUUUUAUAUAUAUAUUCAACAAAAUUUGUUGUUCCUGAUUGGUCGAUGAAGAAUGAAUAAGUAGAUUAUAGGGUGCACUACGGGAUUCCGCCAUGUACUCCGAAAUUCAGCUUUUAAAGGUGGAUGAAUUUUUUUCAUUUGUAAGAUAUUUCGAAAACAAUUAAAAUUGGUUUGGCAGAGCAAUAGAUGUGUAUAAUGAUUAAUACAAAAACUAACGAGCACAUUCUGAAUAGUGCCCCCGAAGACUUACAGACUAAAAUAACGGCAGUUACUAUUUUUUUAAAGAAUAGAAUGAACCAAAAAUAGCGAGAACUGCUCUGGCUUUUUGUUAUUGUCGGUCAAUCGUGUUGCUUUGAAAGGCAGUUAAUCACACUCGCUUACAGUUCGUAAAAUUACGAAAAAAAACAUCACUCACGCCCAUAACUCAAGAAAUGUAUUCGCCUUCAUACGACUUCUCAUUCAUAAAAAAAAAGGUCACCGGAUUUAAUAAAAUGGCAGUUUUAAUUGUCGUAUAUAGCUUUUUUAUUUUACCUGUUACAUCCAACUUCUUCUUAAUUAAGGAAUUUCGUUUGGUCGAAAAAACCUUUCCAAAAAUACCGUAAGCCAUGUGUUGCAAACUAUGAACUCAAAAUUUCACUAAUUCGUUCUUCAGAUAAGCCUCCGACUGACCCCAAAGAAAGAAAAAGAUAUUUUAGACAAAAGAUGCCGUACGUUCGCUAUAAUAGAUUUUAUGGAAACUCUCUUGUUGGUGGUAUAGACGAUGCCAAAAUUAUCACCGUCAAGAAAGAGGUUCCAAAGAAGAAGAAAGGAAAGAAAAAGGAUGGAAAGAUGGUGGGAAUAUUUGUUAUUAUCAAACUUUUGUCUAAAUUGUUUCCCCAAUAGUUUUUUAUGUGUUUAGCCAGACUCAACUCAGGAAAAUUAUCUUUUGCAGGGAGAAAAAGCAAAGCGAAUUAUCGAACAGAACAAAAAAAAACGCAAAGGUUUGUUUCUUAGUAAAGUUUCAAUUUAUGGAGUUAAAUCAUUAAAAUAUUUUGAGCACUUCUGAAGUACCGUAAUUGGGCAAUAUCGUGAGAAUUUCACGGUAUGUAUUGUAAAAUGGUAUCCCUUACCACAGUCUUAGAGCAUAAAAUGAUGUUUGGCAUAAGUUGUAAUAAGAAAAAGAAGGGUAUGGAUGGCAAAAGUUUGGUGAAGGAUUCUACAUAAGAAGUUGUUCACCUGUUCUAAAAUUAAUGUUAAGGAAACUGACCAAAACAUGUUGUUUCUUACUUAAAUUUUUCGCAGAUGAAGAAAGACAAAGAGAUCAAGAAAAAUGGAGCAACUUUCUUGAAGACAUCGACAACAACCUGAAGAAGGACAACUUCAGCACUGUUUUGCAGUUAGUCGAUAAGUAUCUCGCGGAUUGCAAAACUCCCGAACUUCACCUUCAAGCGCUGAUGAAAAAGGCACAAAGUUGCCUUGGAGCCUGGCAGCAGACAAGUAGGUGAAAAAGUGAAGAGUGAAUCGAUUUCAUUAUCUUUUGAACUUUUUCUCUCAGCUUUGAUGCCUGGAUAAAGUCUGAGAAGCAAAUUUGAAAAAUGAGAGAUAUAUUUAUCGUUAGGUAAAUGAACAUUUAACAGUUUCUCUCAUGAUUUUAGAGCAAGAGUAUUAAAUCGUGUAUUGAUCCCGAAGUUUCGACUGAAAGUUUACAUCUCGCUAUUUAUAGCACCUUGGUUCGUUGUUAUUGGUGUGUUUUGGCGCGUUAUUGUUGGUGCAUUUCGAUCCUCGUCAUUACUCCGACUAUUGGAUUUUGUUGCCUCAUAGGUCUGUUUUGCAACUGAUCGGCUGCUAUGCUUUCCGAUAGAAGGCAUCCAUGCUUCAAGAAUUUCGAUUCUUUUAUGUCUAUUGAUGUUAUUAGGAUGAAGUCUUAUGUGAAUAGGUUCUCUAACUCUAGUUUGUACCAGUGAGAGGUACGAUCAAUAAAUUAAGUUAACAAGGUCCCAAACAGAAAUGUGUCCUGUUUCAUUAACGUGUUCUUAAACCGCCAAAUUCUGAGUACGAGCAGGAUGUAUUUCUCUUUCUUUUUUUUAAUUCUCUCUUUCAUCGCUCUCCCUUUUUCCCUGAUGUAUAUUUUGCUAUUACUUUUCAUUUGUCAAGUUUGGGAUUAAACAAAACUACCAAAACCAAACUGCAGCCAUUUGUAUCCUGUAGGAGCUGCUAACGCUGGAUCUAAUGACAUGAAAUAUCCUGUACUGCUGCUAGAGAGUGUUCAGAAAAUGGCUGAAGACUUCCACAGCCUUCUCACCGACAAAGACAAAAAGAAACUGGCUGGAUUUACGCGGAAGCUGGGAUUCGAUGACAUCGCAGCCACGCUUAACGAUCUACCUGAAGAAAGUGAGAGAAAAGUAUGUAUCGUCAGAUCAAACAAGCUUUACAAACAAGCUUUGGCUUUAUGCUGUUUCUUCCCUGUAUCUGAUUACUAAGAGAUAAAUAGUGUUAUGAAAUCUAAAGACCUCUGUGCCACAAAGCAUUCGUAUACUCAAAACUUUUUCAACAUGAUAUCCUCUUCUGCUGCACAUUUCGUUUUUUAAGUAAUCAUGGAAUUUAUGAUACUGCCUCAACAUUGCACCGUAAUAAUUGUUGAAAGUAAAUGAUACUAACAUAGCUGUGAUUGACAAAUUCCCGUAGAGACGUGGUCAGUGAAUCAGAUCUACUGGCAAUGCAACAAACUACCACUAUUGCUUGCAGCAACUCCUAAGAGAGUUUACUUAGAGAGCUAUAUAGUCCGAGAAAUCUCAGUUUUCCGUGUUUAUAUAGCUUUAUCUGAAGAAUAAGGAGACUGCUGAGUUUAAAUCAGCUAUACUCACGUUAAACUGAAAUGUAGUUAAGGGCUUGCUCAAGUUUCGAGAAUUCUCUCGGUGUUCUGUGUGUUUAGAUGAGGCUAUCUGAACAUGGAGAAAGCCCCUUAUUGCUUUAAUAAAAUAGUUUUGCGAAAUGCACGCGAAUCUAAAACGUCGCAACCGUGUUUAUAUGCUCAAAACUUGACAAGCCUGUCGACUGAUGGGAGUGCACGCACCACGUCAAUCGUUUCAUAAAAGUGCACCGUUUCACUCGGGAUUUAAGUAAAUUCCUCUUUGGUCUUCUGACUGUUUAUGCCCAAUUUAUCACCUAAGGCGCAACAGCUAUCGGUCCACACUACAAGCGCAAGAUUCCAACUUGACUACAUGGGCCAUUUACUCAAGCGGGAAACAAGAACUGAUCGUGACUCGAGGGUUGACCACUUCAUUCCCGAUACAUGGCAGGUAGUAAUAUUUUUCUUACUCUCUAAAUACGAAUUAAAUCUCUCGUGACAAACGUCGAGGAGAAGAAGAGGUGGUUAAGUUCAGUGGAGAACAACAGUUAAAAUGCUUAAAUACUUGAACUUCAAUGGAAACAUAUUCUAGAACGAGAACCAACAAAAUCUCCCCCGCGUGAAUUUCGCUUCCAUCUCGUCGUAGUUUCCUCUUCAUCUGCUUAAUUUUGUGGUUAUUCAAAUAUUUUCUAGCGUGAACUUCUUGACGCUGUGGAUAACAACGAGUCAGCGGUAAUAGUGGCACCCACCUCGUCGGGAAAGACUUUUGCCUCAUACUACUGCAUGGAGAAAGUGCUGACUCAAGACAAUGAUGGUGUGGUGGUUUAUGUUUCCCCAACGAAGGUGAAGUUACCAGCUACGAUCAUUUAGUUUAUCAAGUCCUCUUAAAGUGAUCCUUAAUAGCUGAACGACCUCGUCUCGUCAAAUGCAGCCGCCUAAAGGCACUUGGCCUCGACGUAAAUGGUUGCCUUGUGCAACUGCCUUUCACAUAAUUUAUUCCCACCGGAUCUAGCGUAAACUGAUUUUAUACCUCAAUAUGGCAUCUCGUUUAAAACGUGUUAAAGGAUGUGACGUCUGUAUUAGUGGCAAAUAUUCAAUACUUAUCGUAAAGUUACUCCGGCUUUGGAUUUUGUAGGUAUUAAUUGAUUUUGUAGGUAUAAACUGAUGCAUUAAUCAUUUAGGCCUUAGUGAAUCAAGUUGCUGCUACAGUUUACGCUCGUUUUCGUCGUAAAAAUCUUCCAGAGGGAAGGGCAGUGUAUGGUGUUUUCACGAGGGAUUAUCGAUACAACACGUUGAACUCUCAGGUAAGCAAACGUGACAAGAAGCACUCGAGACAAAAAGGAAUCUCAUCACUUCUAAGCAAACAAAAUACACGCGGUCGUUGAGGAACAACAUUUAUGAUGAGUGAUCUUGACAAAAUACAAUAAACAUAAAUUAUUUCAUGGAAUCAUUGUCUGAUUGAAAACUCUUUCAUUUAACUGAUAUCGUAUUUUUUUCCCUUUUGAAAUUUCUCUCUAUUUGGCUCGUGGAUUGAAGUAUAAAUAGGAUAUAUAGAGUAACUUUUUUCAUUUCUGUCUUUUGAUUCCCGGCAGAUCCUUGUUACAGUCCCUCAAUGUUUGGAGAUACUUUUUCUCUCGCCUCGUAGACAAGAUUGGACGAAAAACAUUAGAUACGUAAUCUUCGAUGAGGUAAAAUAACUAUGAACUUUCUUGAAAGUAAUUUUCGCAUAAUCACUUUUUAAUUUUUCGUAAUAAAGUUGUAGCGUGGAAAAGACAGAAUUAACGCUGAGAUGUUACUACGAUGUGUACUUUGUGCAGUGUUACCUCGUUGAAUAAUGUAGAUAUAUCACUUUUACUAAAGUUAUGUAACCAAGUUCUUAAAGAAUUCUAGUUCACAUUAACGUUCGUUCAUAAUCAAUUCGUAGACUUUUGACCUUCAUCGGUGUUUUCAUAAACAGUAGUCAUUGUUAGAUUUGGUUCAAUGAUGGCAGUAGCAUUGGAUGUUGGAAUAUGGAUGGUUGGAGGGUCAAUUCUACCUAGGGAUACAGGGAGAAAAUAAUAAAAGUUGCCCUAAGGUCGUUAAAAUGUUUUUUCUGAGAUUCGAGGUAACAAAAGCUUACUACUCAAGCUGAGCAAACUUUGGGCAUCGUUCCAAGAAAAUAAAACAAAAUUACUGUUUUACCUGUGCACUCAGGCUAUACCUAAGCCAAAAUUUCUCCCAUACCUUUACUCUGCAGGUUCACUGUCUUGGUCAAGAAAUUGGUGCUGAAGUCUGGGAGCAUCUUCUUCUUCUCAUUCGCUGUCCCUUCUUGGCGCUUUCGGCAACCAUUGGAAAUCCAGAUGACCUUACAAGGUGAGAACUGUUGCAAAGUGCACAAAAUAAAAUGUGUACUAUUGAAUCCUACGAAAUUUUCCCGUUACGCCGAUGUUAAAACGAUGUUAACGUAUACAAGUUAGUCACGCAUUUUCAAAUUAAAUCACGAGGUGAAUCAUACGUUCUUUGUUUUGUAGGUGGUUGCAAGCCGCUCAAAGCUUUCGAGAGCAGCAAGACAAACAAGAAAAUGGCCAGAUGAGAGAGUCCUACAGAAUCAGACUAGGUGAAGCGAAAAAAUAAAUCCGUUACCUCAGAGAGUCAUGGAGGGGCCUUAUAUGGUCUUUGAAUCUGCAAUGCUUAAGUUUACGCAUUAGGAUUGACCCAAAAACUCAAAACUCCAUUUCAACCUUAUCUAGACAAUUAGGUUUCCGAAACGACCAAAGACGUAAGCAACCUGGUCGUUAGCUGAACAACUCUUUGGCGAAACGACUGCAAUUCUUAAACCAUAUUGAUAUUGUAAGGAGAAAUUCUGUUUUGGUUAUUCCUGAGAGUGAGAGGGUCAACGAAUGUCACCCCCAUGCCAAAAAUUGGUCUAACAACACAUCUCUGGUAUAUUUUUUAGUUCACUUUCAUGAACGAUACUCAGAUCUGGAGAAGAGUGUUUACCUUCCGAGUCCUAGUAAUGGUGGAUUCUCUGAAAAGUCCAGGAAAUACGAGGGUACUUACGAUGUCAAAGCGACUGGAGAGUUUGCGAGGCUUCACCCUUGUGCUCAGCUUGCAGCAAAACAGGUGAACUGUCAAGUACAGAACUGCCAUAGGUCAGCUUGAAGAGAAUAAGUUUUAUUAAAAUACUGAAGAGAUCUACGAAUUCGCAAAAAAAAAUUAGAAACUUACCAAACGUAAGAUUGUAAGUCCAUGAGUUCUCACAUGUAUUUUGUGAUAUUGGUUAUAUAUACCUUACUAAAAAGAGAUAUGGAAAUCCUAUGGUUAAUCAAAACUAUAACAAAAUUCCCGACCGUGAUUGGUUAUCACCAGCCCGAUUUGAGCAUUAAUAGGACAGUGUAAGCGUCAUACUUGUAAUUGGACAGCCUAAUAGAACAGUUAAAGGGACAAGAAACAAGUCAUGCUUGUGUAAGUGGUCAGAACACGUCAUGUGCGCGGGCUGUUGUCUCGCAUUCCGCCGAGUUCACUGUUGUUUUCUUUUUAUGAAAACGUAUAAUUGAUGACUAGUUUCUUUCUCAAAUUUUUUCAUAGUUUUGAUUAAUCGGUAACAGGACUUCGUGUCGUCCAGUUCUGUCUGUAAUCAUUCUCGUGACUAUCAAAUCAGACUCCUGCUUCGCGGUCGUCCGAUUUUGUUAAUCACUUGUAUGAGUGCAGACCGAAUUGGACUACAUUCGGUCCUAUUACCAUUAUUAAUCGUCAUAAUUGCUUUUGUAACCUUCUUCGGGCGAAUCUUACAACAGUACUGUAUCUUUCCUGUAGUUCCUAUAAGACGUAUUUUACAUCUUUUGCUUCCAAUCCUCUUUCACUUAAUCUUUUUUGGAAUAGAGCAAUUUUCAACUGAGUGUCGCAAGUAAUCUGGGAUUGCUUGUUUUGCUUUAUUUGGGUCUGUGAUUGGUCUAGAUAAGAUAACGUACACCAACUUCUAAACCAAUCAUAAGUAGUGCGAAAACAAAUCGUGAGUUAAUCGCCCUCGUUUUCUCGCGCUUUAGUUUUUUUUUUUCUUUUCUUCAAGUUUUCAGCGGCUAAUAAUGACGUUAAUUUUGGCUCUAACUGGCCAAAGUGAUUACCUUGCGUUAGGUUUUUCGACCGUCAACUGAAACAGUUCCAUGUUUCGACCAUCGUUAAAGAUUCUUCGAGUAACAAAUUGUUGUUUCCAAUUAGCUACAAGAGAAUUCCUUCCCAAGAGAUAUGGAUUUCACUCCUCGAGAAUCUCUACAACUUUUUGAUGUUAUGACUAUGCACUGGCCAGACAAAGAAUCCUUGCAGGUAAGUACGUAGCUUUUAAAUAAGGUUCGGUCUUACACGUUACAGUUGCAUGCCUGUCAGCUGUGAUAAUGGUCGUUAGAGGGUUAGCUCGUAUCGUUCUGGGCUAUUUUUUUUUUUAUCUUGUAAAGCUAGCUGAAGUAAGACUAGAUUCCAAAAAGUCUCAAAUAAUGGUGUUUUCAUACUGACAGUCCAGAGAAUACUGCGACUUGGUGACCCAAGCUUGUUAUUUUGUGUUUUCUUUCAAGAAACUUUCCCCCGAGAGGUACUUCGAGAAAAAUAAGUUCAUUGACAAGAGCUGCGCACGAAAGUACGAAAAGGACCUGAAGAAAGAAUUCAAGUCUUGGGCCGAUGAAAAACAUUUUGAGAAGGUAAAGGGAAUGUUGGCAAAGAAUUCGUUGCACAGCGAUUGUGAUGUGUUAGCGUUGUUUGCCAUUGCAUUGAUGAAUAAAAAACUUUUUUGACGCUGAUUAAAGCCCUGUAGACCCUAGCAUUUGGAGUCCUUCUUUUCUGCUUAUUACUCUAAUGAAUCGUAUCUCUAAUAACAUCACGACUGUUUGACCUGACGUCAGCGAGACACAAAUCUGUUACAUUCUUUACAUUAUUUCUUUGUUGUAUCGGUGGUACAUAGUACGGAGGCCCUACGGAGCACGAGGUGCGAUGUUCAGGUGAAAUACUAUUUUAAAGGGAUAAGCUGGCAUUUUUACAGGUCUUCAUACCAUUUCCUGUAAAUUAUAUCCCUACGUUCUAUUCCUGGGCUCGUUUACUAACUGAUUUACUAACUUAAGUGUUACUUCUGCUGUUGUUAUUAUAAUCACUUUAAGUCAUAUUUUGUUGCUCCAGGUUGAAGCCGUUUUACAGUCACUGAAUUCUAUUUUGCUGGAGAAACAGGCUUCGACUGAAGAGGAAUGGACUCAGCUAGGAAUGCCUUCGUCGGGAAAAAUUUUCAUUUGGAAAAAUUUCCCAAAGCUCGUGGAACAACUUAAGGCUCAAAAAAAACUGCCAGCGCUUAUUUUCAGGUAAUAUACCGCAUACUGUAUCACCGAAAGGGGUUGUCGUUCAGUGACAUGCAUAACAAGGGAUUCAGAUUUAACUUUAAUUUGGUUUUUGUGUCAGCCACACUGAAAAAAAAGGGAUAGAGAAAGAAAGACAAUAGGAAAAGGCAAAUGACGAUCAGAAUACAAAUUGGAACGAUGCACAUAAGUUGGACUCAUGUUCCGAAAAUAAAAAUGCGAACGUUCAAAACAAAUGGUAUUUAAAUGAUGAAAACUCACGUUAUGUGGAAGGUAUAUUAACAAAAAAUAACUGAGUAAAUACCGAAAAAGCUAUCUCGCUCAGUGGGCUUUAUUAAUGAUAUACCUCUGUUUUUAUCAGCUUUGACCGCAAGUUUUGCGAAGAGUUGGCGUUUGGUCUCGCUCAGCACUUUCAAAAACGAGAGGAGGUUAUUAAACGCCAGAAUAAAGGGAAAGACUCUAAGCUUGCCGAAAAGAGGGUAAAAAAGGCGAACAAGGAAUUUAAAAGGCUGAGAGAUGAAGAGACAGAGAGUACAAACGAAGAAAGGUAAACGGAAACAAAUUAAAUAGUAACUGCAUGAUAUAUCUCGUCGAGUGCCAUUUAGAUUCCAUUCAAUAUGUAUGCGAACGAGUCCGUCAUGUUAUGAUGACAAACGAUAUAAGACUUGAGGGCUUGUUCUCUAAACAGAUUGGACGACCAAGUAAGACAACAGUACGAGAAAGACUCUUCGUUCUUAAAUGAUCCUUUACCAGCGUGUACAGUUGCCUUUACACACAAAAUUGGAAGCGAGGUAGGGGGCAUCCGGCAACUAUAUAUUUAAUAUUAUUUAACGAUUGUUCACCGAGGGCGAAGUGAAUAUUUUUGAAACAUACCUGAAACGAGGUCGAGGGAAUUUUUUAAUAAUAUUCACCUAGCCUGAAGUGAAUAAUUGUUUAUCGACAUAUAAGCAAGCACCUUCCACUAAAGUUUAAUGGGUUUUAAUUAAUUUAAUCAGCAAAAAAAACAUAUCUUAUCUUUGAAAAGAGAUUAUCACUUCCUCCGUAACGUGGACAACAUGCGAGGUAGCCAUUUUGAAUAUUAAGAAUCCCUGCUAUAAUCACCUUGCGCGAGGUGAUUAUAGUGAAAUCAGAGCGCGUAUUUCUAUAAUCACCUGAGCAGAGGACAAAGAUAGACUACAUCAAAAAGGAUGAUCAGACUACGAAUUAUGUGACUAAAAGGCCCCUAGGUAAAGACUUUUUUGAUAAAGUUUCCCUUAACUGAGGUUGGCCAUUUACUCUGUAGGAUUUACAAAAGAUCAUGCAUCGCAUUUGGUACAUGCGUGGCUAUUCACUUUUAAAGGAAGCUUUAAGACGAGGAAUAAGUUAUCAUCACGCUGGACUGAAAAACAAAAUUCGCGGCACCGUGGAGAUCUUAUUUAGAGAGAAGUACCUUCAGGUAUUACUUUGUUAUUUAUUCGAUCUAGAAACGAAGGUGGACGUUUAAAUGAUAAAGUGGAGAAAUAAUUUUUUUUUCUAACCUCAUCGUAAAUAGCUCUGAGGCAUAGCUUUUUCUUAAAGUGAUUGUCUAAAAUUACUUGCAACACAUUGUGUGAUGGGCUGUUUUAAAAUACGAUUUAAAAAGAUGUGUGACUCUUGCCCAAACCAGAAUGAAGUUUAAAUGGCAGGAAAAAAAGAAAGAAAAUACAUGUGAAAUAUCAGAAAAAGAUAAAAAGCAAGGACACAGUGGCCUCAUUAGUAUCGCACUAGUUUGGUAUGCUGUUAUCAACUGCAACCGAUGGCCUUUGUUGCACAAACCUUUUUUGACAUUUUGGUUAGUUUCUGUUUUCCCCUUUGUCUUACCAAAUCUAUUUACCUCAACAGUUGUAAACGUCUCGAUGAAAAAAAUAUAGUAACAGAACAGUAUAUAAAGACUCGGGAGUCUUUUUUGUUCGUUUUAGGUCGUUACAGCAACAGGAACCUUGGCCCUUGGUAUUCAUAUGCCUUGUAAAACGGUCGUGUUUGCUGGAGAUUCACCCUAUUUAAACUCUUUGCAGUACAGACAGGUAAGAACACUUUCAAAAAAAAGUUUUUUUCCUACAGAAAAACAAAUCUCUCCCACAGACAAGCGAACCCAGUGAAACAGCAGGUGUCUGUAAUUUCAUAGAACGAAAAAGAAUGAGGCAGGCAGGGUAGCAACGUGUUUCCAACAAAAAGAAGCACCCUCAAAGAUAACGUUUACCACAAAUAAGACUAUUUUGCAUAUAGCUCUCUUUGUCCGUAAUAAACGACAUGUAUAAAAAUUAUAUCGGUGCGGACAGAGUACUUUCUAAUAUCUCUUUUACCUGAAAGUAGAUCUAACCGUGUCCAGGUGUCGUUUUCCCUUCAGUACUCCUAUUAGACUUCUAAACUCAUCAAAGUAUUUCAAUAAUCAUAACUACGUCACUUUUCAACCAGAUUUGUUUGUUUUUUUUCCAUAUGUAUAUUAAUUUAAAUUUGGACUUAAUCUCAUUCUUUCAUCUCUCUAAUUUCAGAUGUCUGGCAGGGCAGGUCGUCGAGGUUUUGACCCUGUAGGAAAUGUAGUGUUUUUUGGAGUUCCUUCCCGUAAAGUUCAACGUCUCAUUACAGCCAAUGUUCCAAAGAUUGUUGGGAACUUCCCCAUUAACGUAUCAUUGGUGUUGCGCUUGCUUCUGAUGACAUCAAAGGGAGAUGAUCGGGAGGAUGCCCUCACGAAGGUUUCUGGGAAAGACGCCUCUAAAAUUCUUCUCCAAUAAUUCGCCUAUUCCUUUUGCGCUAAAUACUUUGUACAAUUGUCGCCAGUUUUUAUCAAUAAUCAGCUCUUUUCGCACUGAACGUGAUAUAAAUUGUGUCGUCUGAUAACAGUUACAGCUUGUUUGAAGUCUUCCAUAUAAGUACUUUCCUUCUUCAUCCUCAGUUACUAAAAAGACGAGGAAAUGAACUUCUAGAACUUAUAUCAUUGGAGACAUAAUUUAAAACCUACUGGUGAUAUUUUACGAAAUUUACGUGAAGCAACGGUCAGUCCUUAGUCUCAUUCACACAGUAAUGUGCGAAAUCCCAAUUGAUCGAUUCUCAAUCAAUUCAUGAACACACCAAGUUAUGCACGUACUCUCGUUUCCAGGCUCUCUCAUUGCUGUCGCACCCUUUCAUCUCCAUCACUCACCCCGAAAUGGAGAGCCAGAUCAAGAAACAUUUCUUAUUCUGCGUCGAGCUCCUUACCAGAUUGGUAAGUAUUAAAAUCAGAUCCUUUCCACCGUAGAAAUGAGGGGCAAGUUAGAAAUGUUUUGCUAGUAGCAGCUAUCCUUAUUUUCCUUGGUUACCAGUUUGUAUAUUUGCUUCAAGUAAGGUGAUCACAUACUCGCUCUUGCAGUUCAACGGUCUUACUAUAAACUUUUAAACUCGCUUAAAUACUGCAAAACCUUUUUAUGCAGGGUCUUGUAAAACAAGAAAACGGCGCUCCUCUACAGAUGGCAGGACUGGCGACACAUCUUCACUAUCAUGAGCCCUCAAACUAUGUCUUGGUCAGUUUCCUUCAACGUGGUCUUUUCCACAAGAUCUGUCAACCGGAAGAGAAUGGUAAGGACUAUUUAUUUUCCUUUAGAAUACAAAUAUUCACAGCCUCCAACCCAGGUUAUGGAAGAUUGAAAUCACUAUGAUAUCAUACUAUUGAUUCCUAUCACAGGAAAAUUCUCAGACGACGUGUUGAGAAAGAUGGUGCUCGUUCUAAGCCACUUGUUCGGCAGACGAUCCCUUCACGCUUCAUUCAAACGAACGGUCCAUUUGUGCCCCACGUCAAAAGUAUGUAUUUGUAAAUCUUAAAAAUGCAAGGCUGUUUUAACACGCUUUAUUGGGAAAAAUUGUGUUAGUUUUUGUCAUUUGGUAUUAAUGAUAACGUAUCAUAAUAACGAAUUUAAUCAUUAUUAUCACUCGAUCUUAACGCCGGCCCUAAUGCUUACCAAAAAUAUCUUUAAUCAUACCGUUCUUUAGUGUAGGUAAAUUUGGCCUUUUCAGAGAAGUGGCCAUUAAAUGGCGAGUUAGAAGAGAAAUACAAGGUCUGUAUUGGGAGAGAGAGAGUUCUUUCUCAACUAAAAAAUGAGUAUUACAAAAGAAAAGUACUAAGAAAAAUCAAAACUUGUCGGUUGUUUAAUGGGUGGAUAACGCUAUCCGCUGGAUAAAUCUCUAUCCGGUGGAUAACACUGUAAAUUUUGUCAACACUUAUCCACUGGAUGGAAAUUUAUCUGUCGGAUAGAGUCAUCCAUCACUUGAAAAACUGGGUUCAUGCGUUUGAAAACAGAUGCUUCUCACUGCUUAUUUUUCGGUUUUCUUCUUGGUAUCUCUUUCCUUUCAAGGUAAUUUUGGACGGUCUUCCCAAUGAAUUUGCCACAGCUCUAAGAGAGUACAACCGCCAAGUCACAGAUGUCUUCAGUCAGUACCUCACUGCGGUGGCUGCAGACCUCGAACAGGAAAGAGGAGAGGAGAACAAACUCCCUUUAUCGGGCAUAGGUAAAAUACGAUCCUUUAUCAUCUUAUAUGUGACCAUUUUUUUUUCGAGCGGGAAGUAAAAUAUUUAAGUAGAUUCAUAGCCAGUUCCUUCGCAUUGCAAGGCUAUGUUUUCUCGUGAAAACAAUUGUUUGUAUUUCACGGCUUUGAUAAGAAUUACACUUAACUUGUUCUGUCAGUGUUUGUUUGUUUGUUUGUUUUUUGCAAGCGACACUGACGAGUCAAUUCUGUGCAACUGCAAAGAGGAAGGCUUGGUGCAUUUUUGGUCAUUAUAUUAUUGGAUCGAAGGGGAUAGUUCUUGGUAAAUUUCUCACUCUGGGCUAAAUAGGCCCUUCUCGUUGGCUUACAUACUUCAGUCCACAUUCCUAUACGAAGUGCAUAGUACAUUAUUUAAUUGCUGUACGCUGUACCUAUGGAAAUGGUUCAAAAGAUAGAGACAAACUCGUGAGCAAGGUUAACCUAAACACAAAACUUAGGUAAAUUCAAUGUUUAAGUUAAACGUUCUUAUUUACCGAACGGAGUAAACUUCUUUUGCAGAAUAUCCAAAGCAAGGAAGUGUCGGUGACGAUGACAAGUACGAUGUUAUCAAAAGGCUCGUGUCCUCAUCCAUACCGUACUCUGCCUGCUCUUCCUUCGCUGCAUUGUCGGGAAAUUCAGACUUACAAUUGCAUUCUUCGAGCGAGACCGCAGCCAGUUAUCCGGAAUCAGACGAAAGAGAUGUCGAAGUCGCCAACGAGAACGUGACAGUUGAGCUUGGAAAUGAUGAAGAAGAUAAGGAAGAAGAACGAAUUGAUCAUCUGCUUGAGGUGAAAAAAGUUUCACAAAACCAAGCGUUCAUUAAAAUGUUGAAAAAGUUCUCUAACACUUUCGACGUAAUUUCGCUAGGAUGCAUGCAUUUUGCUCUUUCGUUGCAGGGGCCAGCUACGCUUAGCAAAAUAAAUACGACACAACAACUUCUAUGCGUCCACAUUCCUUGUAUUCUUGUACAGGGUAAUCAUUACGAAUGACAAAUGAGGAUCUAGACGAUUUGAAGUUGUUGCUUCUUACAAAGACUGAAAUCCUACCCUAAAACUUACUCGGCAAAAACGGCAAAAAGAGACUGCAAGUAACGCUGAAGCAACGCAGAUGGCGUGGGAAACUGCGCCCUUGGUACAUUGUCAGCGGCGCUAUAGUCAGUAUGUAAAUGCAACGAGUCAUACAUUAGUCAUUAAAGUAUACUUGAAAAAGCAUGAGGAACGUGCUUGCACUUCAUUUGGUGAAACAACCUAAGCGAUCAAAGACUGGUUAAAUUUAUUAACUGACACUUUUGAUUCUGAGAAAGUUGCAUAAGAUAAGUUUUUUUACCAAACAGUUCUUUCACCUUUGGAACUAUACCCAUCAGAAAAUAAUCUUCCCAUUCUCUUUUAGCACUAUAUUUGGUUUUCACUUGCCCUCUUCACUCUGGACUUUAUAAUCCCGUGAAGUAUCGUCGAAACGUCAUCAAAAUGCUUUACGAACAGUUUUUAUAACUUUUUAAAAGUUUUCCUAUAUUUUAACAACGGUCUAGCGUGGAACUUUGCAAUCAAAUUUUGUUUCGUUGUGUGGUAUUUUAAGUAGUUGCAACACCAGUUUAACACCGUUACCAAAUUCAGCUUCCACUUUUUCUUUCAGAUUGUUCGACAAGAUGUUUACACCGACAUCAAUAUUGUUCCCAUCCUCCGUCUAAAAAACUGCAACUCAGUUGGAAGAGUUCAGCCCUUGAAUGCAUAUGCUCUGGAUUUUUUCAAGCACGGGUCUGUUAAAGCCAUUCAGAAAGAAAACGGGUCAGUAAAUAAAUUAUAG